AUGCGCUGGCAAAAGUUGAUCCCGGGCUGGGGCAAAGACCGCCACCUCCACGGAUGGGGCGAGGAGACAAGACGCCUCCUCCCGGCACAUAGCCAUGAUCUCGCGCCUUCCGCCUUCCCAGCAGGCGAGGUCACCAAGAUUGCUUUACGCCUGAAGUACCAGAUCGAAGAAGUCAUUCCCAUCGAGCUUCCCGAAGAGAAAGUCACGAGCGCCAACAGUCCCAUCAUCACCCAUAAGGUUGUUCUCACCGCCAAAGAGGCUGGUGGCCAGGACUAUGCCGCGGCUGUCGUCUACUGCUUGCUGGUCUGCAAGCGCUGGUUUAAGCGGCAAGCCAUGCUCGAACUGUGGGACGCGGACCUGCACAACGUGCGCGCUAUUGCCGCUGAGGUCAUUGCUAAGCGCAUAAUUGAGGCCGAGGAGAACCAGGACUAUCUUCUGCAGGACGUCCUGCUCAAGCGCUUUUCCAUUGUCCGCGACGGGCACGAGACCGAGCCCGCAAACGUUAUUGAACGCGCUGUGGACCUGCACGCGCUCGAAGUUACCGGCUCUUCCGGCUACCAGAAAUGUGUCAAGUAUCUCUGGCGUGGCUGGCUGCAGCAGGACGAUAAGAACGCGGGCACAUUCGUGCCCUUUAAGGGCCGCGACGAUACGAGCUACUGGGCACACUUUAACCCCGAUCGGAUGCGCACACCCCUCUAUCAGAACACCCUGCAGAUCUCCAUCUCGUUGAUCUAUCUGGGGCUCUACACCGGCGCCAUUAACACUGUCAACGAGGACGGCGAUCUCGACGUCGUCGAAGGCAUCCUCUACCUCAUGACGGCCGGCUUCAUUUUCGAUGAAUUCGCCAAGUUCUGGAAGGUCGGCAUCUAUUACUUCAGCUUCUGGAAUGCGUUCAACAGCUGCCUCUACGCGCUGUUGACUGCCUCGUUCGUCAUCCGGAUGAUGGCCAUCGCGCACUCACCCGAUGAAGAUGACGAGCGCCGCGUCGAACUAAACCGCUUGGGUUAUCACAUCUUUGCUUUUUCUGCACCCAUGUUCUGGAUGCGUCUGCUCCUCUAUCUCGACACGUACCGCUUCUUUGGAGCCAUGCUUGUUGUCCUCAAGGUAAUGAUGCGCGAGUCGCUAAUUUUCUUUGCCUUGCUCAUCGUCGUGUGCAUCGGUUUCCUACAGGCAUUCAUCGGCCUCAAUCAAGUCGAGGGCAACGACUCGAUCACCAGCUUCAUUCUCCAAGCCAUGGCCAACUCCGUGAUGCAAUCGCCCGAAUUCGACGGCUUCGAUGACUACGCCGCGCCCUUCGGCCUGAUCCUCUACUACAUCUUCACCUUCGUCGUCAUGGUCAUUCUGCUCAACGUGCUCAUCGCACUCUAUAAUUCCGCCUACGAGGACAUCACCGGCAACGCCGACGAGGAGUACAUGGCACUCUUCGCCGCCAAGACCAUGCAGUUCGUGCGCGCGCCGGACGAGAACGUCUUCAUCGCACCCUUCAACCUCAUCGAGGUCUUCUUCCUCAUCCUGCCGUUCGAGUGGUGGAUGGACGACCAUACCUAUGAGCGUUUGAAUCAUUACGUCAUGGGAAUCAUUUACAGUCCCUUGCUGGUGUUCACGGCUGCGUACGAGGCCCGGGAGGCAAAGAAGGUCAAGUUCAAUCGCAAGCGUGGGGAGGAGGAUGAUGACACGAUCGAGGAGUGGGAGCAGAUGGAGGAGGAGCAAGGGACGGACAGCGAGGAGUGGGCUAAGAAGGUUGCGGCCACGAAGCCGGAUGUCGAGGUCGACAUCGAUGUGGUGGAGAUCAGGGAGCUGAAGCAGCAGGUCAAGGAACUGAAAGAAAUGAUCCAGGCCUUGAGCAAGGACGUCGUGGGCAGCAAGUCCUAA